UUUGCCUCAGAGAGGGACAUCCGAGGCUGGCCGCAGCCUUUCAGCCACUGUCGGGGAUUUACCUGCCACGACUGGCUCGUUGUAAGAUUUUCUGGGCAUGUCGAUGGGACCUCCACUGACCGUCGUUGAUGCUGGACAGACCCCGGUUGGCGCGUGCGAGACGCCGAUCAGCCAGGUUGUACGAGGAUUGGACACUGACGGCGGUAUCUCGAGCAGUUUGUUGAUGGAGGCGGCUCAGGGGAUGGAGGGUACGCCCAGUCGGCCCGUGCGGAGCACGGGGUAUGUUGUCCAUUUCCCACGCCUGCAAGAUAUGGAUGUCGAGUUGGAUGUGAAUAGGAGGGACCGAGAGGAGAGAGAGCGAGCGCUGGCGCUUACUCAGUCCUGCCCUAUGACGCAGGAUAUCAGAGCGAGUUUGGAUGUUGCUCACGCCCUUGAGACGGGCGUCGCACCCGUCGCCUCGACGGAUCUUCGUGACACCUGCGGUGCGGGGGAGGGGACGCAUGGUGUUGAGGAUGUUGAGGAGGGGGGCGCCCCCUGGCCCGCACAGGGUGAUGGCGUAGGUUGCAGACCAGGACUCCACCCCAUUCGGGGUGAGGAUGACGAUGCGGAGGGAGGUGGUGAUGGGGCUGUCGGUGGAGGAGAUGCACCUCGCGGAGGAUCAGAUGCAGUUACUCAGCAUGAUACGGGGGCGGACGACAGACAGACCAGUGGUGGAGGGGAUCAUGAGGAUGCAGGAGGCGACCGAGACUCUAAUGCAGGAAUCAUGCAGCGGUGUGCAGAUGACGGACGUGGCGAGAAGCCAGCCGAUGCCGUGGUCGUCGGCCGCCCUGAUGCACUUGUGGAGGGUGUUCGUGUGUUGCCUUUAGGUGGCGCCAUGUCCAUUGCAGUCUUGGAGUGCGAUGGGAGAAAUGAUCCUCUUGCGGCAGAUCGGCGGGGACAGAUGGAGGAUGCCAGCAUGAGAGUUUUGGAAGACCCCUCGCCGUAUGCACCAUGUAGCCCAUCUGUGCCCUCUUCCAUGACAGGCUUCAACCCCCCCCCAUGGGAUUCUGUGGAGCAGAUGGAGAGCAUCAAAGCCGCAUGCGUGGCAAAUACGAGGUCGUGGGAUAGUGGUCGUGGCGGAUCAGAGAGUCGUUCCUGCGGACGAGGGACACGGCAGUCGGAGGGCAAAGGUUUAGACAGUCUUUCUCCGCAGUCGUGGAUGAAGACACGACCUCAUGGGUUAGGUUCGGUGAGGAAGGUCACUAAGGUGAUGUGAGAUAUGCAACCAGGAUUAGC